UCACAGGCUUCACGGCGAAUGAGCCAGUCUGAGCCGGUCGCAAUCCAGCUUUUCGCUGCAACCAUUUGCAGAGCCUUCUGUUCAUACGUACCAGCUCAAUUCCUCUUGGUUAAAGUUACGAAUUGAUUCCUAAUCUUUUCCGUCAAAGAAUUCAGCCGCUCCGACACACGAUGCACACCCUCAGCCAAACCUCGAGCCGGGCGACCCUCUCUGCUCGGCAAGGACGCAAAGCUGUUGCUCUCGGCAGCCUGCCGAAGCCCGUGGUGGCUGCCCGUGUGCCGGUGGCGUCGCCGGUGUCGCAGCGCGGAGCUCCGGGCGUGACGUGUCGCCGGAGCGUCAUUAGCCAUGGAAAGGUGGAGAAGAUCUCGGGCGAGCAGCUGGAGGUUGCCAUCGCCUCUCGCGAUACAACUCUAAUUGUCGACUUCUUUGCGACGUGGUGCGGCCCCUGCCUGCUGCUGGCGCGUGAGCUGGAGCAGGUGGCGGAGGAGAUGGACGGGCGUGUCAAGGUGGUGAAGAUCGACGUGGACGAGAACCCCGACCUGUCCAACAUGCUGCGGAUCCAGGGCCUGCCCACCAUCGUCAUCAUCCCCAAGGACGCCGGCAAGCCCGCGCUGCGCACCGAGGGCUUCCUGCCCGCCGCCCAGAUCAUGGAGAUCGUGGGGCAGAUCGAGGCCGGCCAGACGCCGGGGCAGCCGCAGCAGCCCGAGGCGCCGCAGCAGUAGAGGGGGAAGGAGGGGAGCGGGGGAGCCGCGCCGGAGCAGCAGGACAGCUGGCAGGCGGCGGGGCGGCUGGCCGGGGCGGCGAGCGGGGGUUACCUGGAGAGGGGUCAGCAGCGCGAGGUAGCGCCUGUGCGUGGUGCCGUGGUGCGCUCGCGCGGUCAUGACCUGACCGAUGGCCAUGUCGUCAUGGGACUCGUGAUGGGGGGGGCGCAGCUGUGGGGCUGUGGGGCUGUGGGGCUGCGUGGCAGUGCAGCACGCCGUGGCCCGUGGCGGCGCCGUGGCUGGCGGCUGUGGGAGCAGCCGGGUGCGGUGCAGCCGCGGCGGUGCAUGCAUCUUGAAGGUCCGCCGACCCGCUGCCGCCACCACCUCCAGCCCUUAGGACCGCCACCUGCCGGCUGAGUGCGCCUGUGAGCCUGCGGUGAUUUGCCGUACCGGAGCUGCCCCCACCAGCUGCCUGGGGAUGGCGAUGGAAGGGGUGCUUGUGAAGCUGUAGAGGUUAGGCUUCUCUCGUGGUGUUGAUGCAUGAUGCCGGGCAGAUCUCGAGGACGCGUAUUGGUGGACAUAUCACACAUGCGCGAAGGUCUGACAACAUUGCCGCCGCUCGAACCCUUCGCAACACUGUGUCUAGUGAGGUGUUCGGUGCAGAAGGUGUUUUGUAGUAUAGGAGAGAGGGCGCAUGCGCAAAGGAGGCGGAAGCCGUGCGUCUCCCCACGGCGUGUCCCUUCCGCAACAACCCUUCACACAGUGGAGGAUCAUGAGCGGGCAUGGCGUAUGGGCUGCGGCUGUGCAGUCCGGCCCUCGGGGUCGUCGUAACUGGAAGGCUGUCAGCUGGGUAUUUGGUUGCGGUUUGCGGGGUUACGCACAGGCGCGCUUGCAGCCCCAUGCAUGCUGCGGCUACGACUGGCUCCACACGUCGUGGCUGUGCCGGCCGCGGCGUGUGUGUGUGAGCGGGGGGUGAUGCGCCGUGUGCGGCACCGGCACUGGGCCGCUGCGUAAUGGCAGGUGCGCGGUCGGGUGUGGUGCGGCUGCGCAGAUGCUGUAAGACUGAUGUGUG